CAGCGAAUCGUGCAUUGACGACCGAUCCCCUUUCCAGGAGCCUAUCGAACGAGGUUUGACAUUUGGCUGCAGACGUAAACAUCCGCGACUGCGACAAUCCCCUGCACCACCAUCCCAUUGACCCAAGAUUCACUGUCUGCGACCGCAACUUGUCCUCUGUUUACCACCCGCGCGGCCGGGUCGAUCUAUUCGACACUGAUGCUUUCCUCCUGGCCCGAUUGACAAUUUUCCUCGGGUUUUGAACAUGGCUUCCAACUCAGCCAGCGGAGGAGGGGGCAACAACAUCAAAGUUGUUGCCCGAUUCCGUCCGCAGAACAAAGUCGAAAUCGGAAAUGGAGGUCAACCAAUUGUCCACUUUACUGGCGAGGACACCUGCCAGGUCCAGUCCGCCGAAACGAAUGCUCCCUUCACGUUCGACCGAGUUUUUGAUAUGUCCUCCCAACAAGCCGACAUCUUCGACUUCUCCAUCAGAUCAACUGUAGAAGAUGUCAUGAAUGGUUAUAAUGGAACGGUCUUUGCUUAUGGCCAGACUGGCGCAGGAAAGUCUUAUACGAUGAUGGGAGAUAUGGAUGAUUCACACAAAAAAGGUAUAAUCCCGCGAAUCACUGAGCAGAUAUUCGAUGCCAUUCUCGUGCAUGGUUCGGCUCAGAUCGAAUACACCGUGGGCAUCUCAUACCUGGAAAUCUACAUGGAACGAAUACGAGACCUGUUGAACCCGGUUAUGGACAACUUGCCCAUCAACGAAGGCCCGAAGGGUCCAUAUGUGAAAGGCUUACGAGAGAUAUACGUGAAUACGGUUGAUGAAGUGUACACAGCCAUGCAUCUGGGUCAACGAGCAAGAGUUACAGCAUCUACAAACAUGAAUUUGGAAUCUUCGCGGUCACACUCGAUAUUUUUGGUCACGAUAAAUCAAAAGGACGUCAAUACUGGUUCACAAAAGAGUGGUAUGCUUUAUCUGGUUGAUUUGGCAGGUUCAGAAAAGGUGGGCAAGACAGGCGCCAGUGGACAAACGUUAGAGGAGGCAAAGAAGAUCAACAAGAGUUUGAGCGCUCUCGGAAUGGUCAUCAACGCCUUGACCGAUGGCAAAUCCACUCACGUCCCUUAUCGAGACUCGAAAUUGACGAGAAUUCUCCAAGAAAGUUUGGGAGGUAAUUCAAGAACGACUUUGAUCAUCAAUUGUUCUCCCAGCAGUUACAACGAUGCAGAGACUGUCAGCACCUUGCGCUUCGGAAUGAGAGCAAAGACGAUCAAGAACAAGGCCAAGAUCAAUGCCGAAUUGAGUCCUGCGGAACUGAAACGCCAAUUGAAGAUCAUCCAAAACCAAGUGAUAACUUUCGAAAAGUAUAUAGCUUCUGUGGACGCGGAACUGUCGUUAUGGCGGAGGGGAGAGACAGUUCCAAAAGAAAAAUGGGCUCCUCCGAUGGGAGGCACAAAAUCAGAAUCGAGGGCCAGGCCAGAUACGCCCUCUCGUGCUCCUUCGGAUCUGCUAAGGUCAGAAACUCCAAGUCGGCCAGAUUCUCGAAUGGGCGAGAGAUCCAGCACACCCAGUAUCAUUCUGGAAAAGGACGAGAGAGAGGAGUUCCUACGCCGAGAGAAUGAACUGCAAGACCAGCUGACGGAGAAAGAGACUCAAGCAGCUAAUGCCGAACGCAGUUUGCAGGAACUGCGAGAAGAAUUGAAGUCGUAUAAAGAAGGAGCACUUCGGACGACGAAAGACAACGAGGUCAUGGCUGAUAAACUCAACAAGACCGAACUGGAAUUGCAGAAAUUGAGCUAUCAGGGCAAAGAAGAUGCAAUCACCAUGGAAGGCUUGAAAGACGCGAACACCGAGCUAGAGACCGAGUUGGUAUCUGUCAAACAACAACUUCUAGAACUCAAGAUGAGUGCCAAGGAGACCACGGCAGCUCUCGACGAGAAGGAUCGCAAGAAAAAGGAGAAAAUGGCUAAAAUGAUGGCAGGGUUCGACUUGGGAGACAAUGCGUUUUCCGAGAACGAGGCACGUAUGCGCGAUAUGCUCGAUCAGGUCGAGUCACUCCAUGCUGCCAGUCUGAACGGGGAGCAAGUCUCAUCGGAUGUCCUAGAUGACUUGAGAAACAAAUUGCUUGAAUCUCGAGACCUAGCUCGACAAGCAGAGACGUCCCUGAAUGUUCGUGCAGAAAGCGAGCAUGAGGAGCGAACACUUGCCCUAGAAGAGAGACUAGCUUCAGUUCAACAAGAUUAUGAGGAUUUACUGACACGCAACUUGAGCCCCGAAGAUGUGGAAGAUGUCAAGAACAGAUUGGAGCAGCUCUACUCGGAUCGAAGAGAGGCACAGACUGAGCUGGUGCAUGAUCUGCGAGACCAGCUGACUCACAAGUCUCAGGAGAUUGAAAAGCUUCAGAAGUCCAUGUCCGAUUUGCAAGGCCGUGGCGCCGCAAACGGAGCACCCAAUGGAACACCCAACAAGAGCGUACAGCAGCAGAUGGCCGAGUUCGAUCAAAUGAAGAAGAACCUGAUGAGAGAUCUUCAGAACCGAUGCGAGCGUGUUGUUGAACUCGAAAUCUCACUCGAUGAGACAAGAGAACAGUACAACAAUGUUCUGAGGUCGAGCAACAAUCGCCAGCAACAGAAGAAGAUGGCCUUCUUGGAGCGCAACUUGGAACAACUUACCGUGGUGCAGAGACAGCUCGUGGACCAAAACACCAGCCUGAAGAAGGAAGUGGCAAUUGCAGAGCGCAAGCUGAUUGCAAGAAAUGAACGGAUUCUGAGUCUGGAAAGUCUGCUGAGCGAUAGCCAGGAGAAACUCACCGCAGCGAACCAUCGUUUCGAACAACAACUGGCCGCAGUCAAGGAACGUCUUGAAGCCGCCAAAGUGUCGUCAAGGAACAUGGCCGCUGGUGGCCCUGGCGCAGCAGGUGGAUUCAAUAGUCUCAUGAACGCCGGAGCCAGAAUCGCAAAACCACUUCGCGGAGGAGGCGGUGCUCCUCCUUCCAACCUGGACGGAGCCAACGCUAAUGGAGCAGCUUCCUUGCCCAUUAUCUCAAGUUUGGCUGGGUCGGACGGGGGGAAUAAACGAAGCAGCUGGUUCUUCAACACGGGUCGAUGAUUAACAUUCCAUUGACUUCAUCCAUGGUUUAUGACCGUCUGGUUUGGUGUCGAAACAUAAAGACAGAGUCAACAUUGGCCACGAUCUGUGGUUGUUCUCGUCUUUGUCCUUGAUCUCAGGCGUCCUUUGUGAAUUUCAGUCGGCGACAUAUUAGAUCUCUGAAGUUUCUCCGGAGUAAUCAAUUCUGCAUUCUAGACUGGAGCAUUGUCGCGAAAGGGGGAGAGAUGGAUAAAGAGUUGUUUUGAUGAAUCUCUCCUUGGUUGUUGACCUUUUCGAGCAGAACGACAGAAGAACUGUCAGGAUCUUUUUUAUGCAUAACGAGCCAUGGGAUGUUUCAUGUACCUACCUACCUUUACUUACCUACCUGACCUAGCUGAACCUACCUAGCCUAGACAUGGGGUGUCCUUUUUCCUUUCUUCUUUGUGUUCAAUCUCAUAACGAAUCAGCUACGAAUUGAUGGAGGGGAAGAGAGAGAAUGGAGGCGGGGACCGAAUUGAAUAGCAGACAAGACAGACAGACAGACAGACCAAAAACCAGAAACGUG